CCGACAGUACGCUACGCAAACUUUGAAACUAAUCAAUCUCUUAUAAGCAUAACGUGUCACACAUUUUAUCUUGUCCUGUGCUGUGAGUGUGACUCUGACCCUAGCCCUCCGAAACUGAGCCAAAAAUGGGAGAAUUCACUGGGAAAGUGGUUCUAAUCACUGGAGCGAGUUCAGGAAUUGGAGCUGAGACAGCUCUCCACUUUGCUGCAGAAGGAGCAGGUCUUGCUUUAGUGGGUCGUGAUGAAGGGAGACUAGAGAAGACUGCACAGGAUUGCCUGGCUAAAGGCCUUGCAAAGGAUAAGGUUCUAACAAUCAAGGCAGACAUGUGUGUGGAAGACGAUGUGAAGAGGAUCAUGGAAUCAACUAUCACACACUUUGGUAAACUGGAUGUCUUGGUCAAUAAUGCCGGAGGAGCGAGUCCAUGUUCCCUGACAAGUGAAAACUUAAUGGAGAAUUAUGAUCGGGAUGUGAGGCUCAAUGUAAGGUCUGUCAUCCAACUUACCAACCUAGCGACUCCUCAUUUGAUAGCAUCCAAAGGAAAUGUGGUGAAUGUUUCCAGUGUUUGUGGAAUAAGAGUGAUGGCCAAUAUGUUACCUUACAACAUGGCAAAGGCUGCCGUUGACCAGCUCACUAGAUGCGCUGCUUUAGAAUUGGCUUCCAAGGGAGUUCGAGUGAAUGCAGUAAACCCUGGUACUAUCAUGACCCCUAUUCAGUUCAUGUAUGGCCAUUCAGACGAGCAAAUUCGUGAGCGAGCAAGUAAGACUCACCCAAUGGGCAGAGCAGGAGAAACGAACGAGGUGGCACCUGCCAUCAAGUUCCUUGCAUCCAACGCAGCAUCCUUCAUCACUGGAGAAACCCUGUCUAUAGAUGGCGGCAGACACGUCGCAUGUGCACGAUAAUUCGAUUUUCAACACCAUUUGACUCAUUGAUUCUUUUAAGUCUUGAAUAUUUUGACUUA